AUGGCUGCUCUCCGGUGGCUGUCGGCGGUUGUGGCCGUAUCCACCACCGUCUUGGCCAUAACCCCCGAGCAGAUGCUCAGCGCUCCGCGGCGGGGGGAGGCCAUCCCCAACCCGUCCGGUAACGUCGCCCUCUUCUCCGCAUCGCAGUACUCCUUCGACACGAAGGAGAAGAGCUCGUCAUGGAAUCUGCUCAACCUCAAAACCGGCGACAUCACGCUUCUUACUGACGACGCCAACGUCUCGGAAAUUGUCUGGCUCGGUGGGGAUGACACUUCUCUGUUGUACAUCAACGGCACCAAUGCCGAGAUCCCUGGAGGUGUCGAACUGUGGGUGUCCAGCGUUAAGGAUUUCUCCAAAGGAUACAAAGCCGCCUCCCUGGGUGCCUCUUUCUCGGGCUUGAAAGCAGUCCGCACGCGCAGUGGCGACAUCAAAUUCGCUGUCAAUGCGCAGUCGUAUGCCAAUGGCACAGCAUACAACGAGGAGUUGGCGACAAAAUACGCUAGCACCGCCCGCAUCUACGACAGCAUCUACGUGCGUCACUGGGAUACCUACCUCACAACAACCUUUAACGCCGUCUUUGCGGGUACCCUCAAGAAAGGAAAGCACCAGUAUGCUUCCGCUGGACCCUUGAAAAACCUGGUCGCCCCUGUGAAGAACGCGGAGAGUCCGUACCCACCGUUCGGCGAUUCCACUGAUUAUGACGUCUCUCCGGACGGCAAAUGGGUCGCCUUCAAGAGCAAGGCCCCGGAUGUCCCGCGCGCAAACUACACCACCGCGUACAUCUAUCUCGCUCCGCACGAUGGCUCGUCUACUGCCACUCCCAUCAACGGGCCGGAUUCUCCCGGUACCCCUGAGGGCGUGCAGGGUGACGCGAAUUACCCGGUGUUUUCGCCAGACAGUCGCCACCUGGCCUACUUCCAGAUGGCUCACAAGUCGUACGAGUCUGACCGCCGCGUUCUCUACGUGUACACUCUCGGCUCGAAGACCACCACCCCGGCUGUCGCGGGAGACUGGAACCGCUCUCCGGACUCGGCCAAGUGGCUCGAUAACAAGCACCUCAUCCUGGGCAGUGAGGACCACGCGCGCGUGCGCCUGUUCGGACCGGUGCCGAUCGAUGCGGACGAUGACUUCAAGCCGCAGAAUUUCACCGAUGGUGGCGCGGUCUCUUCCUACCAUGUUCUGCCUGACAAGACCGUUCUCGUCACUGGAACUGCCAUCUGGACCAGCUGGAACGUGUAUACGGCCAGCCCCAAGAAGGGCGUUAUCAAGACCAUUGCCUCCGCCAACAAGAUCGACCCCGGCCUUGCGGGUUUGGGUCCGGAAGACAUCAGUGAGUUCUAUUACGAUGGUAACUGGACUAAGAUCCAAUCGUGGAUCAUCUACCCCGAAAACUUUGACAGCAGCAAAAAAUACCCUCUGUUCUUCUACAUCCACGGCGGUCCGCAGUCCGCCACCCCCGACUCCUGGAGUACCCGCUGGAACGCCAAGGUCUUCGCCGACCAGGGCUAUGUGGUGGUUGCGCCCAACCCGACAGGAAGCACCGGCUUCGGCCAGGAGUUGACGGACGCCAUCGCAAAUAACUGGGGAGGAGCCCCCUACGAAGACCUCGUCAAAGCCUGGGAGUACGUCGACAAGAACCUCCCCUACGUGGACACCGAAAACGGCGUCGCCGCUGGCGCCAGCUACGGCGGGUUCAUGAUCAACUGGAUCCAGGGCAGCGAUCUGGGCCGCAAGUUCAAGGCAUUGGUCUGCCACGACGGCACUUUCGUCGCGGAUGCGAAGAUCUCGACUGAGGAGCUGUGGUUCAUCGAGCAUGAUUUCAAUGGCACGUUUUGGGGUGCUCGCGAUAACUACCGUCGCUGGGACCCGUCCGCACCUGAGCGCAUCCUCCAGUUCAGCACGCCCCAGCUGGUCAUCCACAGCGACCAGGAUUAUCGGCUUCCAGUUGCAGAGGGACUGGCAAUGUUCAACGUGUUGCAGGAGCGCGGUGUGCCUAGUCGAUUCUUGAACUUCCCUGAUGAAAACCAUUGGGUCCUUAAGCAGGAAAACAGCUUGGUCUGGCACCAACAGAUGCUAGGCUGGUUGAACCGGUACUCUGGCAUCGAGGAGGCAAACCCGGAUGCUGUCAGCUUGGACGAUACCAUCAUCCCCGUGGUGAACUACAACCCUUGA